AUGGCGGCGGUGCGGGCUGCGCUGCUCGCGCCGCUGCUGGCUCUGUGUCGGGCCGGGCCGGGAGCGGGGCCCGGGCCGGGAGCGGGGCCCGCCGCCUGCCUCGAGGUGGCGGUGGCCGAGCCGGGGAAUGAAGCCGGAGCGGCCGCGGGGCCUGCCGCCUGCGUCGAGGUGGCGGUGGCCGGGCCGGGGAGCGACGGCGGAGCGGCUGCGGAGCCCGGCCGCGCCUACAAGUUGCGCGGGGCCGUGCUGGGCGUAGGGGGCGGCCGGGGCGGGCCGGGGCGGGGGGGCCUCGGGGAGGAGGAAGAGGAGGAGAUCCGCGGGCGGCUGCUGCUGGUGGGAGAUGCAGAGCCCGAGCUGGGUGCUGCUGCCCCCUGGAUCGGUGUGGUGCCCGUGGGCGAGGAGCCGGCCGAGGGCCCCCGCGGUGCCAAGGAGGAGUCCUUCACUGCUGCUGUUGUCAGCAAGAUGAAGAGAGCCCUGGUGCUGGGGGCAUCAGCCCUGCUGAUCCUGGCACUGAACCAGAAUGCCAUCCGGGAGCUGGAUGUUUCCCAGCUCCUUGCCAAGCCUGUGAUCGUGAUCCAGUCCUCAGACAACGUCACCAAGCUGCUGGGAGCGCUGCUGCGGGGGCUCCGGGCUACAGCCAGGAUCACCUACCAGGCAGUGCUGCUGGAGAACCUGGGAGUGACCCUCACCCUGUGGUCCACCUGCGGCCUGUCCCGGGGAGGUCUCUACGGGGAGUGGCAGGGAGUCAUCUGCACGGGGGAGAACGGCUCGCGGGUCCAGAAGUGCCUGCAGCAGCUGUGGAACACCGUCCUGCUGAUCGCCCUGCUGCUCUGCACCGGCCUCGUGGUGCAGGCCCGGCGCCAGUCGCGCCGCCGCCCCCCGGAGCGGGACGCUGAGCUGGACCUGAAGCGGCGCGUUCGGCGGCGGCUGCUGGCGCUGGAGACUCGCCGGUACCACCCGGGCAGGGCGCCGCGCAGCCGCGCCUGCGAGAUCGACAGCUGCGCCGUCUGCUUGGACCAGUUCCACAAGAGCCAGUGGCUGCGGGUGCUGCCCUGCUCCCACGAGUUUCACCGGGACUGUGUGGACCCCUGGCUCCUGCUGCAGCAGACCUGCCCUCUCUGCAAGCGCAACGUCCUGGGGAACUGCUGCAUGGAGAGUUAGCUGGCCUGGUGGAUGCGCUCCGGGGACAGCCCCAUCGCCGCUCCGGGGAGAGGGAGGGGUGCAGGGGGUGCUUGGCACUCGCUGCCGGCGCCGGGUUCAGGCCCCUUCAGAGAGGAGGAGCUCAGGGCUUUCUCCCUGCUGGGCGUGAUUGGAGGGGUGGGAGGGGUC